AUGCGCGGCCUUUACGUAGGACUGGGCGCCAUUGCCCUGGCGUCCGUCAACGCCAAUCAGUACCCCUUUUGCGAGGAAGACAACUGCUACCGUAACCUCAUUGACGAGCGUUUUGAGAAGGAGGCCAAAGUCUUCUGUGUUGAAUUCUUGCACGGAACAACCACCGCUGCCGCGGCUGUACCCACCGACUUCAACAACUGCGAAGGCGAUAUCAAAGCCAUUUCCUCUGCCUGCUCUUGCCUUGACCAACACCGUCUCCACCACUACGAGCAGUUCUACCCCGUGGACUACCAGCACAACGGCCACCUCGACUACCGUCAGCAUAACUUCGUCGUCCACAACUUUCUCAUCCACAACGUCCUCAGCCACGACGUCCUCGUCCACAACAUCCUCAUCCACAACAUCCUCGUCCACAAUCUCCUCGUCUACAAUCUCCUCGUCCACAAUCUCUUCAUCCCUGACGUCCUCGUCCACAACCUCCUCAUCCACAACCUCCUCAUCCACAACCUCCUCAUCCCCGACGCCCUCAUCUACCACCUCCUCAUCCACUACGUCCUCGUCCACGACGUCCUCAUUCACAACAUCCUCGUCCACAAUCUCCUCGUCUACAAUCUCCUCGUCCACAAUCUCUUCAUCCCUGACAUCCUCGUCCACAACCUCCUCGUCCACAACCUCCUCAUCUACAACCUCCUCAUCCCGACGCCCUCAUCCACAACCUCCUCAUCCACAACCUCGUCGUCCACGACGUCCUCAUCAACGACUUCCUUGUCCACAACCUCCUCAUCCACAACUUCCACAUCCCCAACAUCCUCGUCCACAACCUCAUUGUCCACAACCUCCUCAUCCACAACGUCCUCGUCCACAACCUCACCAUCAACAAUUUCCUCAUCCACGACUUCCUCGUCCGUGUCUUCCUCUAUCACGACGCCUUCGGUCACGACUUCCCCCUCCACGAGUGUGGUCGUCUCGACCAGCAGCACAAAGGAGACCUUUACUAGCACAACGACCACCUUCACGACGAGCACUUCCUAUCUUACCAACAGCACACCAACCACCUCCGAUGCGAGCGCCGCUCCCAUUGCCAGCAGUAUCGAGGAGACCUCUACUAGUAUACUAUCCACCUCCAAGACGAGCACUUCUUCCGCUCUGAGCAGCACAGCGGCCACCUCCAAAACGAGCACUUCUUCUAUUACCAACAGUACACCAGUCACCUCCGAUGCAAGCGCUGCUCCCAUUGCCAGCAGCAUCGAGGAACACUCAACCAGCCCUCUUGGAACUUUGAAGGCAACCACCUCAACUGUCGUUGGCAGCACCGCCGUGCCGAUUGAAGGCGUCACUACAUCUGCCGCAGUUAACAGUGGCAACGGAAUCAUCACCAUGACCGAGAAGCCUCUUUUCACCGAGAUCAGCACCAUUGAGCUCACCACCUCAACUGUCUACACCACACGCGUCGAGACCUUGACCCUAUGUCCUCCUACCGUCGCCGAUUGCCCUUACAGUCCCAUCACCACUACCCUGACGAUUGCUAUCUCAACCACCGUCUGCCCUGUGGUUGGAGAGCCUACCCAGCCGGUUCCCGUUAUCCCAACGACCAGGAUGACCACUUCGACUAUCUACAAGACUCGUGUUGAGACCGUCACCAGUUGCCCACCCUCGGUCCCCGACUGCCCCGACCGACCCCACGUCACGACCAAGAUAAUUGCUAUUUCCACGACUGUGUGCCCUGUCUCUGAGGAGUCCACAGACGCUGUGUCCACGCCCGCCGUCCCCCAGCCAACGUCUUGGACUACCUCGAUCAUCUACACCACCAAGGUCCACACCGUGUCUGCUUGCCAUGGCAAUACCACCAACUGUGUCAACACUCCUCGCAUCACUACUGAGACGAUCCCGGUCUCGACAACCAUUUGCCCUGUAACUGAGAGCAUGCCUUACACCUUCACUACGAUUCUCUCUGUUCCCAGCAGCAACCCCCCCGCGCCGCCUGUCGGCACUCCUUCGCCAGAGACUAAUCCUGCCCCUCUUGCAAGCUUCCAGCCUGCACCUCCCCCAGGAACUCAUCCCGCUCCUCCUGCCAACAGUCAACCAGCUUCUUCGGCAGAGACUCAUACUGCACCCCCCGCAAGCUCUGACACCGGGCCCCUAGCUAGCUCCCAGCCUGCAUCGCCUCCGGCUACCCAACCCGUUUCUCCGCUGGAGACUCAUCCUGCAUCUCCUGCGAGCAGCCAGCUAGCUCCUUCGGUGGAGACUCAUCCUGCCCCCCCUGCAAGCUCUCAACCUGCGCCCCCGGCCAAAUCUCAGCCUGCACCUCCCCCAGGGACUUAUCCCGCUCCUCCUGCCAGCGACCAGCCAGCUUCUUCGGCAGAGACUCAUCCUGCACCCCCCGCAAGCUCUGACACCGGGCCCCUAGCUAGCUCCCAGCCUGCCAGCGACCAGCCAGCUUCUUCGGCAGAGACUCAUCCUGUACCUCCUACUAGCAGUCGCCCUGCUCCUCCUGAGAGCACUUCUCCCACUGGCUCUUCUCCCGCUGCCACUACGCCCGUCGCUGCUCCCACCAAGACCACUUCUACCCCCGUUCUGGUCAGCGGAAACGCGGCUGAUCACCUCAGCUCCGGUAUGCUCGCCGCGGCUGCCGGUGUCGUUAUUGCUGCCCUCCUUUAA